AUGACGUCUACUACAUUGAUGACGUUUUUACUAUGCACGGGUCCCCACGUCCGCUCGGUGAAAUUGCUGGGCUCCUGGGAUAACUUUUCGAAACCGUACGUCAUGGAAAGGGAUAAGCGUAUGGGUGCUGGACAUUGGCGCGGAUGUCAUACAUUCACAAACAUAACCUACGACGGGUCGUUAAAUAACUCGGCUCCGGUUCGCUCUGGUGGCCUGAAGAUGGGCUGCACCUAUUGGUACUAUUAUUUGCUGGAUGACGACGUCGAACACUACAACAACGCGGAACCAAUGACAACACACUGUCCAUUUCUACCUGGCCAACCUGUCAACGUUGUUCAAAUACCAAUUGUUCUUCCCGAUACGACUGGCACCCUCACAUCGAGGAGCCCAAACGCUCAAAGGCCACAGCAGACUAUGAAUCCCGAAGAUAAAUAUAUGAACCCCCGGGAGCCUCCAAAGCCCAAGGCUCGUCUCCGCACCUCCCCACAGCAGACACCAACAUCGAAUUUGUCUCUUAGUACCUCUCCACGAGGAGCGAUCAACAGGGGCUCAUCUCAACCCGCCCACGAUGGCUCAAAAAUUCAGCACCCCCGCAAUGAGGAAAAGACUGCUCGUUCCGUCUCACCACCGAGGUCAAGGGGUCUACGAGCUGCCUUCCACCAAUUAAAUGGCUCAACGUCUCGUCUUUCGCCAAUGGUUGAUCAUGAUAGAGGUAUAACGUUUCCAGCCAUUAUACCCAACACCUUGGCCCCCCCGCAUGACAAUCGUAUUCAUGCUCGAAGCCAGUCGAAUGACAGCUAUAUGCGUUCUCCGUCUAUAGGCAAUUUGGCGGAGUGCCGCGGUGGAGACAAUCUUCCAUUCCGACGUCCUGUGUCUGCGCGGGCCCAUGACUCCGCGUCAAUGACUAUUCAAGAACGACGCGCUUUGAAUACCAAAGCUCCAGCUGAUUCUACGCCAAAGAACCCUCUAACUCUACGGCCAAAGCAGCAAUGGGUUGGUUCGGGCAAUCUCCGUAGUCAUUUCAUGCGACGCCCUGCUUCUACUCCUUCUACUCCGUCCAUGCUUAGAAGGCCGUCCGAUCCGGCAACGAGCCCUCCCGAAAGCAUGCCUCUAACUCCAGAGACUGUCAUGAACAAAAGACUUCCCACUCUCCCAAACUCUCCUUCCUCGGUCAUGGAUGAGGCACUGCGCGAUCUCGACGAGAAGGAAAAGGCAUUGGACAUGGAGGCUCUGGCGAGUCAUUUCUCCGACUGCACUGAAACCAGUUCCACCGACGGGGGCGAUCUAUGCGAAAAGAGCCGUUUCUCCGAGUGGAGCACCGAUACUGAUACGGUGUCUCCAGAGUCUAUGAUAUCCUCUUCUACCUUCAACGAGAAACAAACUUCCCCCAAAAUCCCAACAGUGGAAAUACCAAAAAGCUCUAAUGGUCCCGAUGAUGGCGAGCGCAGCAAUCUAAACACGCCACAUCUGACCGCAGGCUCAAAUCCGUCUCCUGCUCUCUCGGAGGACACUCCGCCCAUGGAUUUGCCUCCCCCUCGUCUAACCGUUGCCUUAUCCCCAUCUGAGCUGAACAUCCCUGGUCUCCACAUCAACGAAGAAGAGGAGCUGCUAGAAAGCAACCCCAAGCGCCACGCGGCUCUGUUUCAAGCCAUGGAACUGAAAGGACUUGGCUUAUCGAGCCCUCCCACAGAAAAGGAUCGAUUUUCUGAAAGCAUCGAUAAUGCCAUGUCUAGAGACAAGAAUGUUACGCCUACGAAUGAUCCAGCUCGUUACAGCAAGAUCUUGCCCCAUUCUGCGACGAUGAAGGAGAUGAUGGAUGAACUGAGUUACUUGAAAAACAUGAUCCAAUCUGGAGGUGCUCCGGAUUUGUAA